AUGGAUGAUGCUGCUAUCCUUAAGAAAAGAGGCUACAUCAUGGGCGGGAAUUUAGGGGAAGGGUCCUAUGCCAAAGUGAAGUCGGCUUUCUCGGAACGGCUGAAGUUUGACGUAGCUAUCAAAAUCAUCGACCGGAAGAAAGCGCCUCCGGAUUUCUUGGAAAGGUUUCUCCCGAGAGAGAUAGACAUCUUAGCCAAAGUCAACCACCAUUCCAUCAUCAAAACCUACGAGAUAUUCGAAACGUCCAACGGCAAAGUCUACAUUGUGAUGGAGCUUGGCGUUCAGGGCGACUUGUUAGAAUUCAUCAAGUUGAAAGGGGAGAUGCCUGAAGACAUCGCGCGCAAGAUGUUCCGUCAAUUGGGCACCGCUAUCAAAUACUGUCAUGACAACGACAUCGUGCACCGGGAUUUGAAAUGCGAAAACCUUCUGCUAGACAAAGAUUACCACAUUAAGCUUUCGGACUUCGGCUUUGCCAAACGCCUGCUUCGGGAUGACGAGGGCAAAAUUGUCUACAGCAAAACUUUCUGCGGUUCUGCUGCUUACGCAGCCCCGGAGGUUUUGCAGGGCAUCCCGUAUGAGCCCAAAAUUUACGACAUGUGGAGUCUGGGCGUUAUCCUCUAUAUCAUGGUCUGUGGAUCGAUGCCUUACGACGAUUCGAACAUCCGGAAAAUGUUACGCUUGCAGAAGGAGCAUAGGGUGCAUUUCCCCAAGUCCAAAAACCUGACCAUUGAAUGCAAAGAUCUGAUUUAUCGCAUGCUUCAACCCGACGUGUCCCGACGCUUGCGCAUCGAAGAGGUUUUAAGUCACAUAUGGAUGCAGCCCGGCAAAAUCAGAGCUGUGUCGGCCACUUCGGUCGGGAAAAAUGGAGAGAGCUCGCGGAGUACGGCUGAGCUAAAACCGGAGCACCGAUCAGAACGGGAGAAGAACCAGAAAAGCGAAUCCAAGCAAACUCUGAUCUCCACCGUGGCUCCUCGGCUGGAAGCGGUCGAAGAAGUAGAGGAGGUCCCCGAAGGAGACAAGAACGACGAAGGAGUGGAGAAGAUUGCCGAGGAGUUUGAGAACGAUAUCUGA